CAUAUCCAUAAAUCAUCAUUCAUUCUACUAAUGGAUCAAGUUUCAAGCUUUUUGGAGAAUAUUCUAACGGUAGACAAUGAGGAAGAUGUAUCCAAGCGAUCAUCAAAGCGUUAUAGUGGACUAGUUGAUAUGGCUAAGAAGCCCAAUUCCUUGUUGGUUGAUAAAUUGAUUGAAAGCCUAAUAUCAAUGAUCAUACCAGUUUAUGACGAAAAGAAAAUUAUCAACGAUAGAAUGGUGAUGCAGAAGACGAGGAAACCGCUAUCCAUGAAUACAAUGACCAAUAACGCCAUCAUGUUGAAUGCCAGAUUAACUAACGCUUUCAUACUUUUUGAUAACAUCAUCAAAAUCUUGAAUUGGCAGAACCCUUACUCCACUUUAGGUGUCUUAUUAAUAGUCACCCACUUGAUCUUGAAUCCUUACUUGGUAUUGGCCCUUCCGUUGACGUUGGUUGUCAAUAACAUAUUGGUUCCUCAUUACUUAAUAAUUCAUCCUCCUGAUAUCUCGGUAUUAGAGCAUAACCAAAUUCCGGAUAAUGGACCCACACUCAACAAGCCCCAUAUUCCUGGACCAGUACCACAGUUCAGUCAAGAGUUCUUGCUCAAUUUUACCGAUUUACAGAAUCAUAUGGUUUUGUAUAUUUACGGUUAUGAUUUUGCUAUUUGGUUAACUAAUGACUAUUUAUACUUCAAGAAUGAGGACGUCAGUUCGUUAGUAUUUUUGGUGUUGUUGACAUUGAUAGGAGCAAGUUUAUAUAUACUGCCCAUUUUGGUGCCAAUUGUCCUUACCCACUUCAAAUACCUAAAGGUUGGACUCAUUGCAAUUGUAUGGGUGUUUGGAAUUCUCAGCUAUCCUAGCAAUAGGGAAAUCAUAUUGGAGUUUCUCUUCAAGGAGGAGACUCGGAUUGCUUCUUUGCAUCGUAUGAACUAUAUUGAAAAUCAGUUAGUGAGCAAGUUCAUGGUGCCUAUCAGCAAAGAUGAAACAGUAUCGGAAGCAGUCAAAGUGGUGGAAGUUUUUGAGUUGCAAAAAUAUAACAAGAUUACCAAAUCUUGGGAAGUAAUUGGGUUUGCUAACGAUUUUUAUUCGAUUAACCAUCCUUUAAGAAAACUAAACUCUAACUUGUUCAAGGACGAAGAACUGGAUGAUGGCAUAAUAGAGGCUGAAGAUAAUAUUAAGAUCAACCGGGUACAAAGUGUGGAUCUAGUUAAAUGUGCCAAAAAUUGGACAUUCUUGAAUCCCAAUUGGCUAAUAGAUCUCAAUCCCAAGGUCUGGGUAGAGAAGAAUUUGGUCAAUGAAAUCGUUAAUAUCGAUGAUGAUGAGAAGUGGGUUUAUGACUUUUAUGAUGAAGAUUCUGAAAUCUUCAGGAGAAGAAGGUGGAUAAGAUACUGUAAACGCGAGUCGAGUGCAGACCAUUGACAUAAUUAUAUGUAUUAAAGCUUUCAUAAGUCGUAAAUCGUUAAUGUUGCAUGAAUUCCAU